UUUGUUUCAUCUAUUGUUUUGAGACUCCAAAGUCCUAAGUCAAUUUAUUUCAAAGCCUGUCUAUAAUAAUUAAAAUGCGUUUCACAAUUAAGCAGGCUGGGUGUGGUGCUGAACGAGUUGGUACCCUAACAGGAUUCACCAAGUCACCUAGUACGAUAAUUGAAACCCCUACAGCUGCACUUCUUACUCAGGGAGGGAGUGUAGUUCAUUUAACGGCAGAUGUCUUAGCUCGGGUAUUUACUAACCCCCAACUCCUCUGGGUUCCUUUAACCAGUACGAGUCAUUUAGAAGCGGGAGUCAAAGCCCAGGGCGAGGGACUAGCCAGGUUUGCUGGAGUCGCUGACCAUAUAACCUGCACGACAUUGCAAAAUUUGAAUGAUGCUGCACCAUUGGGACACUUUGAGUUAGACAAGGUGCCAUUGUGGACAAAAAGGGGCAAACAAAUGAUUUGUGCUGACAGAUACAUGGACUUUAUGGAGCUGUUCAAACCCGAUAUCAUUUUGGCAGUUGCAGAUGGACGCACAUCACAUUGUGAAGGCUUCAAGAGGGUCCUGAAGGCUGUCAACAGAAGUAACAGCAUGCUUGAUGUAUGUGUCAAGCGAUAUAAUUCUUCAAAGCAACUGCAAGGAGGUUCAUUGAUAGGUGUUAUAGUAGCUGCUGGUCAUGAAAAGAAAUGCACUGAGAGCAUUCAACACAUUUUAGAGCACAAGCAAAGUUUGUCAGGAGUAGCCCUGCAGGGCAUAUUGGAUGGCACUGAAGAUUACACACAUGUGCCCGAUGACAAUGUGAUAUCUAUUUUUAAGAGGGUUAAUGUAACCUUGCCUAAGGAAAUGGUUCGCAUUUUAGAAGGAUUUUGGAACCCCGCUGCAAUAAUGGCUGCAAUUGGCAAUGGCUAUGAUGUCUUUGAUGGAUCUUACCCAGUGAAGUUGACCAAUGAAGGAUUUGCCUUGACGUUAAACUUCAAUGUUGACCAAAGCCAUAAUGAAUUGUGUAUAUUAGAUUUAAAUGAUAGCAAAUAUAAAGAAGAUUUCAGUCCCCUUUUAAAGGGUUGCGAGUGUUUGGCCUGCAAGAAAUAUACAAGGGCGUAUAUUCAACAUCUUCGAAAUACACGGGAAAUGCUGGCGUCUGUACUGCUCAGCAUUCACAAUCUCCAUCACUUCGACCAGAUGUUCCACCACGCCCGUCGACAUAUUGCUGCAAGCACGUUUGACACAUUCCGACAUCACAUCACUAAACAGUACGAACUGUAUAAAGACUCGCAAGUAAACAAAACUGACGAUAUGACAGUUACAGAUAGUGACAUUAGUGAAAAUGUAGAGGCGGAACCUGUGAAAAAAAUUCGGGUAACUGAUGAAGUUUCUAUUAGUGUAGCCAAUGGUAAUGCUUGAUAGUAUUUGUAUGUAUUGAGUAAAAGUAAUAUUACAAACUUGAAAUGUUAUGUACAUAUUUAUGGGGUAAGCCCGUUGUGGGGCUUAAUUAUCUCUUGAAUUCACAGCCUUUUGACUACAUAUUUGAUUAUUUCCAGUGGUUACCUACCAUCGCCAUAUUAGUUUUACAAUGCAUCUAUUUGGCUUGAUGGACUGUUAAGAUAAAGUUGAAGCAUUUAAUAGAAAUGUUGUCGCUAGUGAACUCUGAUCAAUGGCAUUAGCACAAAUAUUACCUUUGUUGGUGGACCUUGGGUGGUAGCUACGGGAAAUUAGAUGUAGCUGUUUGUGAUAUGAUAUGUAUUAAUAACGAAGUAAAUCAUUUUUAUACAUAAGCAAAUCGAAAUCUACGAGGCCCUUAAAUUCGGAUCACGAUGUCCUACCGAUGUGUAGGUAGCUUUUUUGUAGUAUAUAUAGUCUCGUACUAUGUAGUAAUUAAUGUAUUAUUAAGGACGCUUUAAUACAAACUAUAAUAAUUACCUUGGAAAGAUAUUUUUACUCAUUAUCGAGCUCGAAUGAAAUGGUGCAUCAACAAUUUCACCAUGAAAAAGGUUUAAAAAACCAAAUGUCGUACCAAUCAGCAGGUAAUACGUGCGCCAAAAAACAUUUCGCAAAUAAGUACCUACCAAGGUUGCAAUAAAAUACUUGAUUAACUAGCAGUUUAGUGAUAAAACGUUCGCGUGAAGCAUAAUAUUGAAUAAGUAGGUAACGACUUAUAAAAUGUGGUAUUUGCAGUGAUUGUAUUUAUAACCUAACAUGAUACGAAUGUAAUAAAAAAAAAAAACAAUCAUUCAAGUUUUAAUUAUCAAAGAUGCAGGCCAGUGUAAUUAAUAGGAUUAAGUCAUUCCUUAUUUUCAUUAAUUGAUUAACGUUCAUUGUUAACAAUCUGAUGCGGACAUGUCUUGGGACUUCUAAUCACGUGUUGACGUGUUGCACCCAAAGAUCUAAAUUGAAUAAUAUAAGCUUAAAACCAGCAAAUUUUGUUUUUAUUUG